UUCAAACGGCAACAUGGCGGCGCAAGAUGAAGUUGACGUAUGUGAAAGUUGGGAGGAUAUGGACGAAAUUGGCUUAGACCGGAAGAUCAAACUGAUGUCUAGCGUACCGCCACUGAAAGGUUGCAAGGUUACAAACGUAAUUGUGGAAGAGAACGCGUGUAUAGGAUCUCAGUGCGUAAUGCCGGAACCCUCUAUCCGUAUAUUAAAGCGUCCAUCAUCGUUGGCGAGCGGACAGCUUAACGGAGAGAAUCGCGCGCGGCCCGUAAAAACAUUAGAACAAAGACAGAAAGAGUAUGAAGAGGCUCGCCUUAGGAUACUCGGCGAAGCUCGUAGUCCAGAAGACGUAAUUGACGACAAUCUCAGUCGGUUGCAAGACAAAUUACAAGCUAAUAAUCUCAAUGAUAGUCAAAAUAGUGGUAAAAGUAAAAACUGUAACAAUGAUAAUCCCAAAGGAAGAGAGAAAAAAGUUCUUGCAAGAUUACCACCAGGUGCUGCGCCCGCUGGUGUGUUUCCUUCCCCCCCACCGCCCGGAGUCCUUGUCAUAAGAACCCCCAGAGGGCCAGACGGAACCAAAGGUUUUGUGCGGAGGUAGCAUUACGUUAACCCUAAUUUUAAUAUUAUUAUAUUCCAUCCAAUAUAUUCAUCAAUUAUAGCAAA